CUCACGCACACACACGCUCUCACUCACACAUACACACACACACAGCCAUCUCCUGCUAUCCCAGGGAGGGGAAGGAAGGAGUUAGGGCCGAUCUCGCAUAAUCCUGUUGCCUGUGGAACCGUGAAGAUGGCGGCUCCCAUCCCUACCAAGCCUAGCUGUGUAGGGGGAGGCAGCAAACCUGCUCCCCCCGAGCUGGAUUUUAGAUCUGGAGCCCGGAUAGAGGAAUUAAACAAACUCAUCGUGGAAUUCAGCAAGCAUGAUCAGAGGGAAUACGAUGACCAGAGAGCCCUGGAGAUCCACACCGCUAAAGAUUUCAUCUUCUCCAUGCUAGGAAUGGUACAAAAACUAGACCAAAAGUUGCCGGUAGCCAACGAGUAUCUGUUGCUUUCCGGAGGUGUCCGGGAAGGCGUUGUGGACCUGGAUCUUGACGAAUUAAAUGUUUAUGCUCGUGGAACCGAUUAUGACAUGGACUUCACACUUCUGGUGCCAGCAUUAAAGCUCCAUGACCGUAACCAGCCAGUGACACUGGAUAUGCGUCAUUCUGCUCUGUGCCACUCAUGGCUAAGCCUUCGGUUGUUUGACGAAGGAACCAUUGCGAAAUGGAAAGAUUGUUGUACAAUUGUCGACCAUAUCAAUGGGGCCACUAACUAUUUCUUUUCACCUACAAAAGUUGCUGACUGGUUCCAUGAAUCAAUUAGCAUUGUUCUGUCUGAAAUUCAGAAGAAACCGCAACGUGGAAUGCCGAAGGUUGAGAAGGUUGAAAAGAAUGGUACAAUAAUUUCAAUCAUUUUGGGAGUUGGUAGCAGUCGCAUGAUGUACGAUAUUGUUCCUGUUGUCUCGUUCAAAGGGUGGCCAGCUGUAGCUCAGAGCUGGCUAAUGGAAAAUCACUUCUGGGAUGGGAAAAUUACAGAAGAGGAAGUUAUUAGUGGUUUUUACUUGGUGCCAGCAUGUUCGUUUAAGGGUAAAAAAGAUAAUGAAUGGAGAUUGUCAUUUGCCAGAAGUGAAGUCCAGCUGAAGAAAUGCAUCUCCAGUAGUUUAAUGCAGGCUUAUCAAGCUUGUAAAGCCAUAAUCAUUAAGCUUUUAUCAAGACCUAAAGCAAUCAGUCCAUACCAUCUGCGUAGUAUGAUGCUUUGGGCAUGUGAUAGACUUCCAGCUAACUUCUUAGCACAAGAAGAUUAUGCAGCCCAUUUCCUUCUGGGACUUAUUGAUGACCUGCAGAAUUGCUUAGUCAACAAAAUGUGCCCAAAUUACUUCAUUCCUCAAUGUAAUAUGCUAGAACACCUUUCCGAGGAGACGGUAAUGCUUCAUGCCAGAAAGCUAUCUUCUGUAAGGUCAGAUCCCACUGAACACCUGCGGACGGCAAUAGAACACGUUAAGGCAGCAAAUCGGCUAACACUGGAUCUCCAAAGGAGAGGAAGCACCACUAGCAUACCAUCCCCUUUAUCAGACGGAGGAGACAAUAACCAACCGGAUGAUCGAUUAGCCAAAAAAUUACAGCAGUUAGUGACUGAGAACCCAGGAAAGUCCAUCUCUGUCUUCAUCAACCCUGAUGAUGUCACAAGGCCUCACUUCAGGAUCGACGACAAGUUUUUCUGAGAGUUGCCUAUGCUUUCUUUGAGACUCCAUGUGUAGUCUGUGUGAUGUCCUGUUUUUACAUAUCCAGCAUUGAUUGGAUCUGUUGAGAACAAUAUGAACUUCUUAAUCCUGUUUGUGCAGGACUUUGCAAAUUUUGAAACAGUAUAUUACUAUUUCAUAUGCUGCUUUGACAGUUUUUAGUUUUAAGGGAGAACAUGAGCCUUAAUGACCAUUUUAUGUUUUCAGUCAUGUCUAUUUAAUUUGUAUACAUGUUAAGCAUCCACGUUUAUGUUCGGAAAUAGGUUUGUUGAAUUGGGCUUCCAUUAUUUUGCAUGGAGCUUGAUGUUAAAGUAAUGACUUGCAGUUGGAUUUAAUAUUCUAGACUUUUGGGGUGUGUAUGUAUAUGCAUAUGUAUAAGACAUAUUAUAUACAAACAUACAUACAAACAUGCGUACAGUGUAUAAAAUGUGCACAUGUAAGUAUGUGCAUAUAAUUUAUAUAUGUUAUAUACAUACAUUCAGAGUAGUAUAGGAAAGCUACUUAAGUAAUUUAUGUGCUGUUUGUUUAAACUACAUCUUCUAUUUGUCUAUUUACAUAGAUGUUCAUUAAAUGUUGAUGUCAAAUA